GCGCUGCCACCAUGGCCUAUAACCAGUACCAGCAGCGCCCGCCUAACUACGUCGACCAGUCAGUCCUAAUUAAUGUCUUCCGCAGAGUGGACACAGACAACAGUGGUGUUAUAUCGGAUGCAGAACUCCAGCAGGCUUUAUCCAAUGGUACAUGGACACCUUUCAACCCUGUGACUGUUCGAGCUAUAAUCUCCAUGUUUGACCGGGAAUGCAAAGGAGGUGUGAACUUUACGGAGUUCACUGGGGUGUGGAAGUAUAUCACUGAUUGGCAGAAUAUAUUUCGUGCCUAUGACCGAGACAAUUCUGGACUGAUUGACAAGAAUGAAUUAAAGCAGGCCUUAUCAAGUUUUGCUGUACAGGACAGGGCAGAGUUUCUGACAAUGUCUGCUACAAAGCUACCAAGUUAUCGCCUGACAGAUCAGUUUUAUGAAAUUCUCAUUCGAAAAUUUGACAGACAGAGGAAAGGACAAAUUGCCUUUGAUGACUUUAUCCAGUGCUGCACUGUCCUGCAGAAACUAACCGAUGUUUUCCGACGCUUUGACACAGACCAAGAUGGCUGGAUACAUGUAUCAUAUGAACAGUAUCUCUCCAUGGUCUUCAAUGUAGUAUGAUGCCAAAAAGAAGAUUGGCCCAGACCAAUACAGAGACUGAAUUUCCAAACCUAAACGUUCUUAACUUACUGGAAUUUGGCGCCAUUAAGGUGCUGUAUGUUUCAGCUGCUCCUAUGUUUUCUUCACAUUGACCGUCUUAAACAAAUCUGAAGCUGUAUAGAAGAAAGACUUUUUUUUUUUUUGUUUUUUUUUGUUACUGUAUAUUAAUAAAAAAUAACCUAGCCAUAUUUUUAUUCAUAAUGCACCUAAUAGGUAAAAAAAAACCAUGGUGAGAAGCAGAUAUAUUUUGUUUACAUGAUUGUAGCAUGACUUGAUUGGUUUCAUUAAGUUCACAUCAUUGUGCCUAAUUCAGCAGUUUUCACCAAGCUGCAUGUAAGAAGUUAGAGUAACUCCAUAACGAACAUGAACAUUACCUGAAUGCAUGAUAACUUAGUCUGUAAACGUAAUCCGAAACUAGAAAGGCCAAAUAAGAGCUCUCUUCUAUGUAAAGGUUUCAGAUUAGAGCUGCCCCAUUAAAUCUGGUCUGAGCAAUAAAGGCUGUCCGAUACAACACUAGCUACUGACGCAUGCCUAUUUCAUAAGUCACUCACACAUUUGUAUGGAACGGUCGUAUACAUUCGCUAAAUUUACUGAAUGAGAAAUGUCCGUUUUUGUUGAUACUAAAACUACUUCUGAUAUAACAUAUUUUCAUUUGUGAGUCUGUCAUUCAGCAAGUGAUACAGGACGUGGGUUUGUCAGACAGGAAUGUAGUUGUCAUUAUGUCACAUUAUUUUACCCUUUUAUUGGUAAGGAUGGCAGAUUUUUCUUUAGGUGGUCCAUCCAUGGCGUCAGCUCCUGUACAAACUUAUGUACAGAUUAUCGAUGUCCAGUGCAUGCACAGGCUAGGGCGGGUGUAUACUUCUUGGUUAAUGCAUUGGGCAGGAAUCCAACCCUGCUUUGCCCAUUGCAUCAACAGUGGAUAUGUAUACUGUGGCUUUUCAUGUGUUUCACAGGACAUCAUUCCCUUAACUCCGUUUAAGACAAGUUCCGGCCUCUACUUUAUAUGUAACUUGAACUCCCAACACGCUGCCUUGUAGAAGCGUGAUACAAAUGUAUCGCGUGCAGUUUAGACUAGUAUAACAUACUUGUUUCAUAGAGAAAUCAUUUUAAAAUCGUUCAAAUUGAUUUGGACACCACAGAUUUGAUUAGGUGUUAGAUACCUUUAUAAAUGUUAACACACAACAUGUAUUGCAAAUUUUAAGGGAACCCUUUUUUUAAGGAAAGUACUGUUAAACGCAAUAGGUAGUUUAAAGCUGACAUUUGCAUGCAGACUUCCAGCAACCGCCGUCUACUGCAGGGAAGCAGAUUGUAUAAUAUUUAGCAAUAUUUUUAUUAGCAAAACCCAGUAAAAGCACAAACAGGUUUGUUUUGAUUAUCAUUACAUUAUGUUUUCCAUAUUUCCAGGUAGUAAAAUUAUAUGGGAGUGUGGUCUUUAGUACACCAUGUGUAAAUGUCCAAUUCUAGUUCUUUAUUCAUGUUUGGUCCUGAGUGAGCAUGAUGUGGCCAUCUUGUUAGCAUUACCCAUACAAGUUGCUACAGAUAUAGUGAAAACCUUUAUCGGCCUAUAAGAAGGUAAACAUUGAACUUAAGUCAGCUGAUCACUUAGGUCAGAGGUUCUCAAAUGUGAUACUGAAGGGCCCCCAACGAUCUAGGUUUUAAGUUUAUCCAUGCUUGGCCACAGGUGACUCAUUUAGCACCUCAGCCAAUUUGAUGUAACCAUUUCUGCUAAGCUAUGGAUAUACCUAAAACCUGGACGGUUGGGGUGUCUUGGGGGCUACGUUUGAGAACCUCUGACUUAAGGUGCAUACACACUUUUUGCCCAGCGUGUAUGCACAGCGAUGAUAUGAACAUCGCUGGCAGGAAACACUGAGCGAUUUUCCGUGGCCAGCAAUGUUCAGGGGGGGUGAAGCACUUUCCACAGUAGGAGACUCUGUUCAAACAGCCCGAUGGACGGCUGCGGCCAGCGAUGAUGUGGCAGCGCGCAUCAGCGCUCAUCGCCCGGCCAUACACACUGGCUGAAUUUGAGCUCAAAGUAGCUCAAAACGCCAAAAGUGAGCUACUUUGAGCUCAAAAUCGGCUAGUGUGUAUGGGCCUUAAGGCUGUUCUUUUUUUCUUAGGUGUAAAAAUGCAGAUUUGCGAUGAGUUUGCAUGGUUUUUGUACCCAAAAAAAAAUAAUAAUCAUUACUAGGCAGAAAUGCAAAGGUCCUGAUUCAGGUUUGUAAAGCAAAAAAAAAGCAAGUAACUUUGUAUGUGAAACAAACCAUGUUGCCAUCCAAGGGGAGCAAAUACAUUUAGAUUUUUUUUUCUGUCGGGGGAAAUACAGUACAAGCUGCUUUUCCAUGUAGCCCACAAAUGUUAGACAGCUUUAUUGUUACACUGCAAUUAAGUUUUCAGUUUUAGCACUCCAUCCAAAUCUAAAUCUCUCCGCACAUGUUACAUCUGCCUCACCUGCAGUGCAACAUAGUUAUGGCCAGUUGUGUGCGUUUUUGCUUUUUUUAAAAAAUCUGAAUCGGGCCCAAAGUGGGGAAAUCACCCUUGGUUUCAAAAAAGUGGCAAAUGAGAUAGCAGGACAACAUAUACGGUUUUAGUGGCCAUAAGGAAAGCAUGGCGGUUCUUACAAAGUGUCUGAUAUUUACAUUGUAAUAUUUAUGAUGGCACAAUUAUAGGCAGGUAUUUUUCAGCAAAUUAAAGCCUUUUUUUAUUUUGUGGUACAGAAACAUGUUUUAUGUGAUUUCCCCCCCCCCCCCCCCCCCAAAAAAAAUGCAGAUUUGCUGGCAAUAAGUGAGUUUAGAACUGAAUUGCAAUUUGACGUGGAAAUUGGCUCUCGGGUCCCAGCUCACUCCUAACUGAUUUAACCCCAUGCAGUCCUUAAUAUGUUGUUUCCAUAUAUCUAUUUACUACUUGCAUUCAUACCAGCUUUAUAAUACUACACAUAGUGUAACUGCUCCCUAUUAGGUGGAAUGUAAUUGGUUGAUUUUAGCUAUGAUUGUGGAUUGUGCUUGAAAUGUAUUUUGAUAGGUAUCCGGUUCAUAGGUCGACAUGCAUUUGGUUGACUGGUUCAAAUGAUCAACCGGACUAUGGUCGACGCAUGGAAAGGUCGACAUGAUUUAAUUAGUAUUUUUUCAACUUGUUCAUACUUUACCAUCCACGUGGACUAUGAUUGGGAAUACUAACCUUGCCCAAAGCCCGGUGUGCGAAUUGGUACACGAAUUGAGGUUCCACGUGCUGAAACAUAAAAUUUAAAGGCAAAAAAAUAAAGAGAACUCAUGUUGACAUUUUCACCAUGUUGACAAUUUGGUGUCGACCUUUUGACUGUCGACCCAUAACCAUUUUCAUAUAUAUGCACUAUACUGUACAUGCACUUUAAUGUGUAUAAAACGGUUUCUCCAGUAACUGCAUUCUGUGCAUAACAGAACGUCAUAAGUGCAUUUAGGAAUGAACCCGCGCACAUGGUGAAAGCAUGUUCUAUGUAUCUAACUGUAUUAUUUUCAUUUUUUUUAACAUAACCUUAACAAACUGUGAUCUUAUCAUGCCACAUUUUAUGCAAAAAAAAAUCUUAAUAAAGAAACUGAAAUGAU